AUGGCUGCACCAGACCUGGACGACUCAUUGAAGAAUUUAAUGGACACUUACAAUGAACUCAAUUCUCACAGUGUGGAGGAGCUGUUUUCAGAGCCAAGUCCACUGGAGUUCAUGCGCUACGUGGCUCGCAACACGCCUUUUGUGAUACGAGGAGGAGCCUCGCACUGGAAAGCGACUCAAAAAUGGAACUCGAGCUAUCUAAAAUCAGCGCUCGACGGUCAAUCUGUCAACGUUGCCGUCACUCCUUUCGGCAAUGCCGAUGCGCCAACAUUCUCUGCCGAACAUCAGGCAACCGUCAUUUCAAAGCCUCAUGAAGAGAUUCAGCGAUUCAGCGACUUCUUUGCAUAUGUCACUCAGCAAGAGACAGACCCAGAUUCUCCAAGCGACUCCGAAGUGAGAUAUGCCCAAACUCAAAACGAUAAUCUCCGAGACGAAUAUCUAGCUCUAUAUUCCGAUGCCCAAAAAGACAUUCCCUUUGCGCGCAUAGCUCUUGAAAAAGAACCAGACGCCAUCAAUCUAUGGAUUGGAAACUCAAGGUCUACUACGGCUUUGCACAAGGACAAUUUUGAAAACAUCUUUGUGCAGAUCGUGGGCAGGAAACACUUUGUCUUGCUACCUCCGCUUUUUCAUGCUUGCGUUAAUGAGAGGCCUGUUCUCCCCGCGACGUAUAUCCGACAAGGCGACGGCUUCGCUCUUCGUCUCGAUCCUGAUUCUCAGCCGGUGCCGUUGGCGACAUGGGACCCGGACGAUGCUGAAAGGAAUUCUACACACGUGUCUGCUUUGGCGAAGCCCCUUCGUGUGACGCUGAACCCUGGAGAUAUGUUAUAUCUUCCAGCUAUGUGGUAUCAUAAAGUCAAGCAGUCGUGUAUCAGCGGUGGUGAAGGAUUUGUUUUAGCUAUCAACUAUUGGUAA